GGUACUUUAGAAUGUGGGCUCUACUGCUUGAACUUCUGUACAUUCCAUUGUGUUUUGCUCAGCAGUCAGCUGACACUUAUCCGAAUCCACGGACGAAUGGUUUUCUUGCUUGUGGGAUGAGGUCGAGAAGCUAUGUCUGCGAUUCGGAAAAGCAACUGGGGGAGCAAGAAAGAUAUCGGUUGAACAAUGAUUUGCUGCAGCUUGCACGACGGACAUCCCAUAGCACCGGCGACUUCUGUGCUAAGAAAGGUGCCGAUGCAACUUUGGUCAUCACGAAACAAGGAAGUCAGCAGCUUGCGGAAAAACUGAAUACGCUUUGGGAUGUGGAUGGGCAGUGCUUGAAGGCUGUGGUUUUCGUAUUAUCAACCAAUGAUCAUCGACUAUAUUAUGCAGGCGAAGCGCACGCGGGCAUUAGUUUCUUUUUUAUUCUUUUAUGUACCAAGAACACCAAAACCACGUACGCAAGCGGUAAGAUUAUUCCACUGUAGCG